AUGACCUUCUUCACGCUUGACCCCGGCAGAGUGUCGCUGCACACACUCCAGGCCGUCUACGAGCGCGGCUGGACACCAAGAAUCGACCAGGCAGUCACCGAGGCCGCCCAGGUCUCAGCGGAUAUAGUUUCUGCUGCUAUUAGCGAAUCCUCUUCAUCCCAUUAUGGCAUCAAUACUGGCGGCGGCAAACUCGCCAAUAUAUCCAUCGCUGCCCAAGAUACCAGCACGCUGCAGAGAAAUGUCAUCAUGUCACAUUGCUGUGGUGUUGGCCCCCCCUUGGCUGACGAGGUUGUUCGCCUCAUCAUGACGCUUAAGCUGAUGUCCCUGGGUCGAGGGGCAUCUGGGGUGAGGCCUCUGAUCAUUCGACUUCUAGCCGAAAUGUUGGCAAAGGGCGUACUUCCAAUUAUCCCGGAGAAGGGGUCAGUUGGAGCAUCGGGAGAUCUUGCGCCCUUGUCACAUCUAGCAGCAGCGCUUAUAGGCGAGGGCUCUGUCAGGUACGCCGAGAGUAUUCUUCCCGCCCGAGAAGGCUUGCUCAAGGCCAAUCUUUCCCCCGUGACUCUUCAGGCCAAAGAGGGCGCUGCCCUGAUCAACGGGACCCAAGUGUCAACUGCCCUCGCGCUGGCCGGGCUCUUCCGAGCACAUCGUGCAUUGGCGUCAUCCUUGAUCUCUGGAGCCUUGUCAACAGACGCCGCCAUGGGCUCGACAACGCCCUUUCGCCCGGAAAUCCAUGAAUUGCGCGGCCAUCGCGGCCAGAUUGACGUGGCCGCCGCGCUGCACUCGCUACUGCAAGGUUCCGAAAUACGCGCCAGUCACGAAAAGAACGAUGUUCGGGUGCAAGAUCCAUACAGCAUUCGCUGCCAGCCUCAGGUCGCUGGAGCUUGUCUAGACGUCCUCCGACAAGCCGCCAAAACACUCGUCAUCGAGGCCAAUGCCGCCACGGAUAAUCCGCUUAUAUUAUCCGAUGGCACGAUAGUCUCUGGGGGCAACUUUCACGCUGAACCAGUGGCAUUCGCCGCCGAUCACAUCGCCAUGGCUGUUUGCGAGCUUGGGUCAAUCUCUCAGCGUCGCAUCGCCAUGCUCGUCGACGCCUCGCUGAGCUACGGACUGCCCGCUUUUCUCACGCAAAAGCCCGGCGUGAACUGCGGCUUCAUGGCGGCGGAAAUCACUGCGGCGGCGCUCAUGGCGGAAAACAAGCAAAUGUCCCAUCCCGCGUCCGUCGACUCCACGCCAACUUCGGCAAACCAAGAAGACCACGUUUCUAUGGCAUGCCACGGCGCGCGUCGCCUGCUUCAGAUGACGGAUAAUCUCUUCACCAUUAUUGGCAUUGAAACACUAGCUGCGGCGCAAGGGAUCGAUCUUAGGGCACCGCUUGUUUCCAGCCGCCAACUACAGUUGGUCCACGCGGCUGUCAGAGCUGUAAUCCCCAAGUUGAUGGAGGAUCGUUUCAUGGCGCGUGAUAUAGAUGUCGCAUCGGGACUGAUAUCAUCUGGCCGCCUCAUUAAUGUAGUUGACGACGGCAUCCUUCCAUCUCUGGAUGGAUGA